AUGGCUAGGACCCGUGGAGUAUUAUCUCUGGUGACGAAGUCGAGUUCGGCAUCCUCUUCCAGGCCUAGAGCUACUAGGCAAGAAAAAGGGAAAGGUAAAGCCACAUCAAGCGGCAAUGAGGAGGAGUCCGAAGCUAGGAAGAAGAAAAAAAAGAUCAUUUAUGAGUCUACGAUUGCGGCAAGGGGAAGACACUUAUUUGACAUCCUGGCCCCUGGGGAGACGACACUGAACAUUCCUCAACCAGUUUCCACAGCUGGAGCUACCACUUCGGGGACUGCUGCUCCAACUACUUUAGCACCACCUCCUACAUUUGUCUUUGAGACGAGGGAUGCGGUUCAGGAGAUAGGGAGUAGUGAAGAUGAGGAGGAGGCCGAGUCUAGAUCAGAUGAUGAGAAGGAGUCGUCUGCUUCCGAGUAG